GCGCUCUAAUACACGGUGCGAGACUUUACAUGGUGUGUGAGAUGUUUGGGCACAUUGGAGGACUCUAUGCGGCGCUGAAGUUCUAUUGGAAUCUAUACGGAGUAGAUUACAGGUGCUCCAAUGUACAGCGCGAGGAACAUUACGUCUUACCCGAAAACUUCUAGACCUGCUGGAGGACUUCAUGCAACACUGACAAGAGAGCAAUCUGAUACUCUAACGUACGGAAUGUAUGGUCUCCUGGCAUCCGUGAACAGACAGCACUUGACUCCGCACGCAGAGGAGAGGCAGAGGUCUGUGCACACCUUCCUGACGCCGUCAGAGGUAUCAGGCAUGUCAACACGAUUGACUUACAUCGCGCGCAGAUUCCAGAAACGGUAUCGAGGCACCCCAGACGACACCAGGAAAGUGUACACAAAUGCAGUCAAGAAGACGCACUGACAUUGCCUGGCGCCGUCUAAGGUGCGUCAGCAGGUGCCAGGCGUGUCAAAACGAUUCACUUACACGUCGCUCAGAUCCC